GAUUGAGGAUGGAUGAAGAGUACGAUGUGAUCGUGUUGGGUACUGGUCUCAAGGUGUGCAUUCUCAAUGGUCUUCUCUCCGUCAAUGGCCUCAAGUUAACCCUUUCACAGCCUCUCCCCUAAAACCCAUUGACUUAAUGCACUGCAAGUCCUCAAACGCAGACAACUUGAAAGUUUUGUGACGCUCGCACAGUAUCGGUAGGUCCUCAAACUACACAGUACACAAGCAAACGACAAUCAUUCGCCAAAACGCAAAAGCAAAAGCGCAAUGGAUGAAAUUGAAGAUAAAAUGAGCGAGAAGAGAAUAAUAACGAACUCGGAUUCCGGUGGCCGUCGUCAGAGACUUUGAUGUGCAACAAACAACCUUCAAUUUCGUAGGAAAAGUAGGAAACAUCGUCGAAAGUGGUCCUUCCAUUCCAGCAUUAUUCAGGUUGUUGGAGAACGUAAAGGAGAAGUUUUUGGCAGCACCUCUUAGAUCAUCCAACAAGAGAAAAUAUCAGCUUUUUGUUCUAUGGAAGGCAAGGUAUGGGGAUGUUCUUCGAGUGAAAAUAGUGAUGAUGAGGUCUAUUUGCAAAAUGCAAGUGAUGAAGAGGAGCUUCACUUUUCAUCUAGUUCCAUGCCCAAGUUGCAGUUCAGGCACGUGAAAUCCAAAGGCAGUUGGAAUGAAGAGAUGGGAAUGGCAGAAGUCAUUGAAAAGAAUGGAAAAAUGUGGGUAACAACUGGAGUAGUUCGAAGUGGCAAGAUUUAUUCUUCAAUUGAGGAGACUUUGUAUCUAAUGGAACUAGGAGCCUUACAUCUCUUAGAUAAUGGUGAUAGAAGCAUAUCUCUAAUAGAAAUGUACGUAAAGGUUGCUAGCAGGAAGAGUGGAUGUUGUUGGGAGCUGUUUGAGGUUUACAGACAGCUCAAGUCUCUCGGCUACAUAGUUGGGCGGCAUGGUGUUGCUUGGAGUUUGAAGAGUAUCAAAAGCUCCCAUAAAUCUGGUACUCUUGAAGGCACAGAAGAAAGCAAACAAGUAGAAGACAUGGGUACCAAAGUCGAGCUUUCUAUCAACAAGUUAUUCAGUGAGUUGCAGAUUAAUGAUUUGAGGCCAGAUUUUGAGGUUUAUCUUCCAAACAGCAGGUUUAGAAAGUCUUCUCCAGGUGAUCCGAGUUUUCUGCUGUACUUGUCUAGGGGGCAUCCACCAUCUAGAGCAGAAAUUGAAGCCCUUGAGAGACAGUGCGGUGGCAUUCCUUUGAAAAUCUGCCUGGUCACAGAGGGAAGGGUCAGUUUCUUUUCCUUUGACAAGGUGGAACUUCCUGUUCUACCCUGAACUUUUGGUACCAAUCCUACCUUUCCACUCUGGGCUGAGGGGGAAAGAAAGCUAAGGAUUGUAACGAGAGAACGGGAUGUAGUAACUUUAGGAUCCAAUGAUGUACAAGAAAGCUGCAGAAGCCGUGGUUAAGAAAAAACCUUGUACUGCAAAUGGGCUCAGUGAUUACAACAGGAGCUUGAUUUUGGUCGAACUGAUCAUGAUUCUAUCUGAUGCUGUUGGACAUUAUUGUUGACCAUAACAAAGAAACUGAAGGCGAGGGCUUAACAAUAACAUGCCUGGAUUUAUAAUGUUAUAGUGACAAAUAGGUUAUUGCAUAUGUCAUUCGAUCUAAUUAUUUUUUAUGUUAAUUUCGUAGACAGUCUGAUUUGCUUUCUAU